CGGUGCACAGCGUCAACACUGGUUGCGUGAAAACAUGGCGGAGAAAGAGGAAGAAGUCUGCUUCAAAAAGGAAACUGUGAGCAAACUCCUGUGCAGUUUCUUUAAAGAGGACAAUACCAGAUUAGGCAGUGAUGCUACGCUACUCAUGAGAGAAAUGCUGAAAGUGUUUGUGCAAGAGGCUGCUUUGAGAUCGCUGAAACAAGCUGAAGCUGAGGACUGCAACCAAGUUGAGAUUGAGCAUUUUGAAAAGAUCCUGCCGCAGCUGCUUCUGGAUUUCUAGUUGAGCCACAAGAUGGAGCCAGAGGGCAGCUAACAAGUUGCUACAAGCUUUUGCUUUUGAGAUUUGUUUUUUUCUUCAGUAAAAAUACCUUCCGAAUUAAAUCUGAGGUUACACUGAUA